CCCUUCCCCCGAGCCUGCCCAGGGUUGGUACCCACAGGCAGGGCUGGGAAGGGAACCUGAGCCACCGGCCUGCUCACACUGAAGCACAGCCUGGGGACAGGGAAAACCUUGUCACUGUCACUUUAAGUCUCUUGAGGGAGGGGGUCCUCGACCCUGGAUUCACCACCCCAAGGAAGACAGAGAAGGAAGUGGGGCAGGUUUGCGGACAGCACCAAGCAGCGCUCCUAGGGCCCGCUCACACGUAAAAACUUCCUGCGAUGAGACCGGAAACACAGGUGCUGUCCCCACCACGGCAGCCCCCAGAGCCUGGGCCAGAGGGGAGCCAUGGACAGGGCCCGGGCCCUGGGCCUGCUCUUGGCACUGCUGACUCUCUGCAUCACUGCUGGGACUCCUGAGGUGUGGGUGCAGGUUCAGAUGGAGGCCACCGAGUCCCCGUCCUUCACUGUCCGCUGUGGAUUCCUGGGAUCUGGUUCUAUCUCCCUGGUGACUGUGAGCUACGGGGGCCCCGAUGGUGCUGGAGGGACCACACUGGCUGUGUUGCACCCAAAGUUCGGCACCCAGCACUGGAACCCUGCCUGCCGGGCCCACUGGGAAACCAGAACCAGCAUCUCCCUCACCUUGGAAGGGUCCGAGGGGAGAAGCUCCAGUCCCAACACCACCUUCUGCUGCAAGUUUACUUCCUUCCCUGAGGGCUCCCAGGAGGCCUGUGGGAACGUCUCCCUCAGCCCAGACCAAGGGCUCCCUGCUCCUACUCCAGCCACCAUGCUGCGAGCUGACCUGGCUGGGAUCUUGGGGUUCUCAGGGGUCCUUCUCUUUGGAUGCGUCUACCUCCUCUACCUCCUGCGUCGGCAAAGGCACUGGUCUGUCAGGAAGCUUCAGCCACCCAGACACAGCAGCCCCCAGACACAGAGGAGAGCAAGUGCAGCCGGCCAAGCCUCCCUGACCUCUCUCCACAUCCCCUACGCCACCAUCAACACCAGCUACUUCAACCCGGCAACUCUGCACCGGGUCCUCCCACCCCAGCCCCUGCCCAGGUGGGCGCCGCUCCCCAGCCAGAGCCCUGUCCCCUGGGCACCCCUGCCGGCCUCCGCUCGCAGCAGCUUCAUCUCUGUUGAGAACCGACUCUACGCUCAAGCAGAAAAGGGGCCUCUCCACGCCGGCACCGACCUCAUCCCGCUCCCGGACUGUCUGGGGCACAGAGCCAUGGAGGGACAUUAG